AAUAUUACUCAGAUCUCUGUUCAUAGAAAGAAAAAAAAAGAAAUACAGAAAGAGAAGAGCUUUCAAAUCUUCAGAAAUAGAAGACUUAUUCUCAAAGUCUCAAAUCAGAAGAUCUUACAAAAAAACAAGCUAAACUCAAAUCUCAUUUUCAGAAUUAGAAAUGAAAUUAAUCAGCAGUUCUUUUCUCAGUUAAUAACUGAUAUUGAAGUUCAAAAAUCA